ACGACUACGGCUGUUUAGUACCCAGUCUUCUAACCGAGAAGGAAAGGUCGCGUUUGUUGACCCCGUUAAAAGUGAAUAAAUAUGACUAUGGGUGACCUCCAACUAGUCACUUUUUGGCGCAUUCGCCAAAAAAAACACAAAUCAUUGCUUGGUUAUGUGAUUAGGCAAACUGGAACACUAUACGCUGAGUGAUAACUAGAUAAGAAUGUGACGAAUGCUUCAUUUACGACUCGUUUGCCAUAACGCCUCAUACGCCGUUGAAGACUGCGGCUAGCCCUAUCCAUGAACUGAAAAAACGAGCAGCAGCCGGUCAACCGAAUGACGCCAUGACGAAGUUGGCCGAGAAAGGAAAAGAACUCGCCUUUGGAGUAAUCGAAAAGCUGAAGGAUAGUGAAGUGGGACGUAAGAUGAUGGUCAAGAUACUGGGAGCGAUAGCUGGCGGUCGUGCUAAGCGCGCAAUCUCCAUGGAUGCUGCCAUUACGAACCUUCAUACAGCUCAUUACCAGAAGCUUGAACUGCAUAAAACGCUAAAAAAUGACGCUACCAACAGUGUGAGCCCCUCAAGCUGUCCGAUUCAACAAAAUGAACUGAACUGGAUUGAAUCGGCGUCUAUUGCUGUACAGCAGAUUCUCCUUCACAUGAAUAAGAUCGUUAACGGCCAGAAGCUUGGAUACAAUAUGCCCAAGCCACUACAUGUGAAUGCUUAAGUAAAAAAUAACCAAAUAUUUAGCCAUGGGUUUCUUAUAGUAAAACGACUGUCUGUCAAUGUCUCUUUCGAGUAAUGUCGAAAUGCAAAUAAAUAUGAGCUAGAAAGCUAAAUUUUCAUGUUCAUGCAGAAUGAAAAGAAACCCCAUGCUGUCUAUUUUUUAUUUGACGCAACAAAAAAAUGAUAAAAAAUAUAUAUAAUAUCAAUGCGCGACCUAUUUAUGUGACCGCCCUCGUCGGCCUUCACCGGAUCUCCAGUAUCAUCGUUUCACGUAUGUAAUCAGAUUAUUUUUAUCCAUAAAAAAAAUACAAAUCUCUUCUGUACGAUGCUCAUUAAACGUAUCGAUCCUGUAAUAAGAACCUAUUGCCACGUUCAGCCACUGAAUAUACGGGCAAUUAGGAGUGCUUCAUGGUACGAGCCAUAUACGAAACGGAAACGAUUGGGCGCAAGGGAUGACGCCACAUGCAGUAAGAAAAAAACUGCGUGAAUCGUAUCUUUCCUGCAUUUUCUCUUAUUUCCGCUGAAUAGUCCACAUCGUACCGAGUCGUAGGCGGUGAUGCCAAAUCCCUCCGGACACACUAACAACCCCGAUUCAAAUUUCCAAAGUGGCGUACUGUAUUCGAGCGCAAUCAUAAAAUGUCUCCUAAUUAUGCUCCUUGGGAGUUAAACAGAUGCCUACGCAAAAGUCUCGGUGCUGAAACGCACCGAUGUGCCUGGAAUGCCAUAGCUACAUAUUAUAGUUUUCCUCUGAAAUUCUCGAAAAGCUCUUUGAUAUUAUAAAUUGGAAUACCACUAAAAUGUGCGUCACCAGGAAUCUCAUAUUUGAUUAUGAAUGUACUUUUAAAAAUGGUUAAUUUGCGUAUAACGCAUUUGUUUCAAUUUUAUCUAGAAUUCUUGGCGCUUCGCGUAAACAAAUGCCACGUGGUAAUAAGUAAUGCAACAUUUGAGAAAUUCAAACCAUCUAUCUAGUGUCGCAAACGCGAAUCGUUGUUGAUCAGUAACGCUGCACAAUGAUUGCAACUGGUAUGACGCACAAGUGGUGUGUUAGAAGAGCAUGCAACCUGAUAGCAAUGUGAAGCACGACAAAGAACACACUGCAGAUAACAUUAGUAGACACAUACCAUAUAACCUGCAACAAGCGUAUCACACCAGCACACCCAAGCUGAUCGAGUCGAGACAUCACCCUUUCUCAUACGGUUGAGUAAGUGUGACAAUAUCAGUUUUUGGAGGUAUAACACCUGAAACAUUUGUUCUAAUACCACACAACUAACAGUAUCGGCUGGGUGACGUGCCUCAAAGCUGCACAUAUGCCACGCACUAAUCGUCAUGUACAAUGUGGGUAAUGACAAGGGUGCUUGCUGCUGGAAGGCUGGAACAGUUGAACCGAUCACUUCAACGUUGCCGGUUUGAUCGAACCCCAUUGUGCCACUUGCGCUAUGAUCGACGACAAACUUCUGAAAGCCCGAAAGGCACGUUUGCGAUCGCGUACGCUAGGUGUUCUAAAGCUACUUUACUCUCUGCGAUACCUGUUAGUGAUCGUCUGCAUGACUGGUGGGGUGCUUUAUCUUCGUGAAAGACGAGUGCGUCACGGGAACGUAGCCGAUAGUGUGCCUGAUGCUCCCGUAAAAGGGUUGAUGUCAUCGGAUAAGAUCGAUUACAAUGACUAUCAACAACUUGCGCUAGAUCGUGAACGUGUCGGGCCUGGUGAACAGGGAAAAGCGGCCACCCUUAGUCCGGCAGAAAGUGAUAGCGAACAGCGGAAAAAGCUCUACCUGCAGAAUGGGUUCAACGCACUGCUGAGUGAUAAGAUCAGCAUCAAUCGAUCCAUAGCAGACCUUCGCCAUCCCAGCUGCAAACUUCAACAGUACUUCAAGCACCUACCGACAGCAAGUGUUGUAGUGCCAUUUUACGAAGAGCACUGGAGCACCCUACUCCGUACUGUCCACAGUGUGUUAAAUCGAUCUCCUCCGCAUCUGUUAAAGGAAGUAAUCAUCGUGGAUGAUGGUAGUACGAAGGAGUUUCUGCAUGGACAACUACAGAAUUACGUCAACCAAAACCUGCCAAAAGUUAAGCUAAUACGCCAGGGAGAACGGACCGGUUUGAUGAAAGCGCGGUUAGCGGGGGCAAAGCUGGCAUCCGGCGACGUAUUAGUGUUCCUCGAUUCUCACACAGAAGCCGGCUACAACUGGCUGCCUCCGUUGUUGGAACCGAUCGCGGAAAAUCCAAAAACCUGCGUUUGUCCACUAAUCGACGUCAUAGACGAUCAAACGUUUAAUAUACAUCCUCAAGACGAUGGUGGUAGGGGUCUGUUUGAUUGGAGGUUUCAUUACAAGCGCCUAGCGCUGAAGGAAUCAGAUCGAGUAUCUCCUACUGCCCCAUUUCCGAGCCCGGUCAUGGCUGGAGGAUUGUUCGCUAUCGGGACCAACUUCUUUUGGGAACUGGGUGGUUACGACGAGGAACUGGACAUCUGGGGUGCCGAGCAAUACGAGCUUAGCUUCAAGAUCUGGCAGUGUGGAGGACGUAUGCUGGAUGCUCCCUGUUCGCGGUUUAGUCACAUCUACCGUAGCUACAGUCCGUUUCCAAACUCGCGAAAAUAUGAUUUCAUCACAAGAAACCACAAACGUGUGGCUGAGAUAUGGAUGGACGAGUACAAGCAGUACAUAUACGAUCGAGAUCCCGAGAGGUACGCCAGAUCUGAUGCAGGUGAUUUAACCAAGAUGAAAGCGCUCCGAGAAAAGCUACAAUGUAAACCCUUCGAAUGGUUCCUGAAAGAAGUGGCUCCUGAAAUUCUACAGCUAUACCCACCUGUUGAACCGGAACCAUUCGCUUCCGGUGCCAUACAGAGUAUCGCUGAGCCAACACUCUGCAUCGAUACGAUGCAGCGUCCCCGUGGAAAUCCCAUCGGAAUGCAUCCUUGUGACAGUGAUCUCAUCCAUCCGAAAAACAUGAACCAAUACUUCGUACUCAGCUGGCAUCGGGAUAUACAGCAGAAGUCCGACGAGCAGUGCUUCGAUGUACCGGAGAGUGCACCUCGCUCGCCUGUUACCAUCUACACAUGCCACAAUAUCAAGUAUCUGCGACACUUACCAAGGACGAGCGUUAUCAUACCAUUCUAUGACGAACAUUGGAGCACAUUGUUGCGUACCGUAUAUAGCGUUAUGAGACGUUCUCCCAGCUCUCUUCUCCUGGAAAUCAUUCUCGUUGACGACGGAAGCAUGAAAAAGUUCCUUAAAGAACAGCUAGAUCAUUACGUGGCCACGCAUUUAAGGCAUCUCGUCAAAAUUAUUCAUCUACCAACUCGUAGCGGACUGAUAACGGCUCGGUUAGCAGGUGCCAAGAUUGCCAAAGGUGAUGUGCUAGUAUUUCUAGAUUCACAUGUUGAAGCUGGUAUCAACUGGUUGCCACCGCUGUUGGAACCGAUUGCACACAAUCCACGAACCUGCGUCUGUCCUUUCAUCGAUGUGAUAAUGGAUGAUACCUUUGAGCUUACUCCCCAGGAUCAGGGCGCACGGGGAGCCUUCGAUUGGAAUAUGCUGUACAAGCGGCUUCCUUUACGGCCCGAAGAUCAAAAGGAUCCGACACAGCCAUUCGAAAGUCCGGUAAUGGCUGGAGGAUUAUUUGCGAUCAGUAGCAUGUUCUUCUGGGAGCUGGGUGGUUACGAUGAGAUGCUGGAGAUUUGGGGCGCCGAGCAGUACGAGCUGAGCUUUAAAAUCUGGCAGUGCGGAGGACGGAUGAUCGACGCUCCAUGCUCACGAGUUGGGCAUAUUUAUCGUAGCUAUUCCCCAUUCCCCAACGUGAAAAGCUACGAUUUCGUGGCAAAAAAUCAUAAGCGUGUCGCCGAGGUGUGGAUGGAUGAGUACAAACAGUACGUCUAUCGGAAAGAUCCGAUGCGCUUUUCCAUCGAUGCUGGUGAUCUUACAAAAAUGAAGGAAUUACGACGUAGACUCAACUGUAAACCGUUUCGGUGGUUCAUUGAAAAUGUGGCACCUGAUCUGAUCGACUGGUAUCCACCGAUAGAACCGGAACCAUUCGCUUUCGGCGUUAUUCAAAGUCAAGCUAAUAAAGGUCUCUGCGUUGGGGUUGUAGAUGUUGUUGACCAGAAGGGUACGGCGCUGGUGGCAUGUGCAAAGGAUAAAGUAAACCCGGAACGAGCUGAGCAGCACUUCCAGUUCACAUGGAGACGAGAGGUGAAAUCCAUGCUAUGGGCACAGUGUUUGGACGUGGCAAACCAUUCCGUUGGAGUAGAACUGCAGCUAUUCUCUUGCCACACUCAGCAGGGUAACCAAUUGUUUCAGUACGACGUGGAUACCAAGCAGAUCUACAUCGGAAGGGAUAAAAAGUAUUGCGUAGAAGCGGAUCUAGCUAAUCGAAAAGUAAUAGUCAACAUCUGCAACAAUGAAACACAAGCACAACAGUGGCGUAUAGGCCAGAUGAAUGUAGAGCAUCUGCGCAACUGGAACAAACAUGGAGCGAAAUUUGUGAAUUAA